AGACAAGCAGUGAGAUAGCAUUCUGUUUCAUUUGUCGCGUACUUGAACUGAAGGACUGUACGACUUGUUCCUUUCAACCUGUUACUGACACAGGAUCUCAGUAUCUGACUGCUGUCAUUGGAUCUCACGCUUCAUUUCUAAGAUCUUCUGUCACUAGCCAUUAAAGGUUGGUUGUCAAUUACUGUCAUUCUAUGUUGUUGUUGUUGUUGUUUUUUCCAAUGACCGAUGGCCUGUUCAGCUAAUACGAUCAAGUUUACUUUUUAUGGAGACACAAAUGUCCAUGUUUUCAAGAAAUUGACAAUAAAUUAGUAUUAUUUUUUUUUUUAUUUUUAUAUCCAAGCAAUAAAUACAACACAAGUUGAUUUUUUUUUUUUGUCCUUUUCAAUUUGGUAUUUCCAAAUAAGAACUGAGACGUAAUAUAUGAUGCAUGCGGAAUGUGUCCUGUCUACUCUGACGUUUAUAUUUUCAAAAAUAUAUGAAUUAAAAUAAUGCCCGCCAUAAUUGUAUACAGUAUACACUAUACACUAUACACAAUCAGAACAAGCUUAAAAUUGUAGAAUGUUCAUCAAACGUAUAUGUUUUUGUGGAACUGCAAAGUAAGAAAUAUGUUUCUGGUACUUUUAAAUUAGAAAUAUUUGUAUGGCACUUUUAAAAUAGAAAUUAAGGUAUUUUAAUUAACGGAGACAAUCUUCUAAAAGAGAAGUUAAAAAUUAUAAUUUGUCUGAUACCUUUAGGAUUUUUUUAAAAUACUAAUUUUAAGUAAUGAUUAUUCAUAUCAGCACCAAAAAAAAAUAAAUUUAUUUUAAAAUGUGUUAAAAGAGUAAAUAAUGGGGCUCUCUGUAAAGACGGCUGGCAUGGUUUAUAUUCAAAGAGUACACACUGACAGUAGCAGUAACGUCAUGUGAUGCACCCAAGUUGAUGUUUGAUCAAAUAAGUAGAAUGAUGUAAACGAAAUGUAAAUAAUAACCUAGCGAGAUGAACUGUCAACAUAUUAUUAUUUGUAACUAUUACUAUUAGGUCUAUAAUUAUUAUUAGUAGUACAAUCCGGCCGUCUGUUAGGCCUAUCAUCUAUGCUAGAAGUACAAUCUGGCCACCUAUUAUGCCUAUAUUUUUUUAAGUUGUACAAGCUGGUCAUCUAUUAGGCCUAUAAUUAUUAUUAUUAUUACAAUCGGGCCAUCUAUUCGGCCAAUAAUUGAAUUAUUAUUAGUAGUACAUGCUGAUCAUUAAGUAGGCCUACAAUUAUUGUAAUUAGUACAAUCGGGUCAUCUAUUAGGCCUAUAAUUAUUAUUAUUAUUACAAUCGGGCCAUCUAUUCGGCCAAUAAUUGAAUUAUUAUUAGUAGUACAUGCUGAUCAUUAAGUAGGCCUACAAUUAUUGUAAUUAGUACAAUCGGGUCAUCUAUUAGGCCUAUAAUUAUUAUUAUUAUUACAAUCGGGCCAUCUAUUCGGCCAAUAAUUGAAUUAUUAUUAGUAGUACAUGCUGAUCAUUAAUUAGGCCUACAAUUAUUGUAAUUAGUACAAUCGGGCCAUCUAUUAGGCCUAUAAUUAUUAUUAGUAGUAGAAUCGGUCAUCCAUUAGGCCUAUAUAUUACUAUAUUAAUUAAAGUAGUACAAUCUGGCCAUCUAUAAGAAUUAGGCCUAUAAUUACCAUUAGUAGCACAAUCUGGCCAUGUCUCUUCACAUGUAGGUACAUUUAUUAACGCAGACAAGAGUCCUUUUAGAAUCCACAAAGUCGUGGAGAAACAUCUUCAUGUGUCCUGUCUCCCGACGAAGUCUGUCAGCCGAAAUGUUCGUCUUUAACUGUCCCCGUCUUUCUAUUUCCAGCUCCCGUAUCCUUUGUUCCACUAUUUCCCCUUUUUUUCCUGCGUAUGUUAAUAAUAUUAUUGCUGAAUACUGCGACAUUUCAUUAAACCAUUGUAGUACGCUACUGUAGAUUUCAUUUUGAUUAAUUUAAUGUUAGUAAAUCCACCCACCCCCCCCCCUACCUUUUUUUUUUACCCAAACCCCCUAACGUUGCUUGAAUUCUCCAGAAAUUGAACUUUGCCCUUUCUAAUUUUUGUAAGGUUCUUGAAGGGUUUAUACUAUUAUAUAUGGUAUAUACUUUUUAUUUGAACCAAUUUUUUUCAAUUCAUAAGUUUACCCGCAUUGCUAGAAAAACCAAAACUCUGUUUCAUCUUUGCGAGUUAUGCGAUAUAAUUCAAACGUUAGUAACAAAUAAUAUAUAAUACCGUAGUAGCAUCUUGUAUUUUAAGUAAUGUUAAAAUUAUCAUUUCAAGGUACCAUAAAUAUUCUGAUCGAAGAACAGACAUAGAUCAAAGAAUAGAUAGAGAGCAAAGAAUAUAUACACAUCAAAUAACAGAUACAGAUCAAAUAAUAGAUACAGAUCAAAUAAUAGAUACAGAUCAAAUAAUAGACAGGUCAAAUAAUAGAUACAGAUUUAAAAAAAAAAUAUAGUAAAUUUAGUUUCUUCAUUGUGACCAAUUUUUUGGAUGAUUGCAUUCUUUAAAAGAGGGAACAAAACUGUAUUCCCAAAGUUUCCAAUAAUGCCAAGCACUGACCUACGUUAUACCGGUAUAUAGAUCAUAAAUUCUGUGCGCUGAAUGCAAGUAAAACUGUGCCCUGAAUUUUUUUUUUUCAAUACUUAAAACUGUAAUAGUUAAUUAAGUGUAAAUGCCUCGAGCGUUGAAAGUCUUUACAAACUAUAAGAAUGUCAUGCUUCUAAGUUAAAUAUAUUAAUAUUGCCUAGUUUCUUUACGGGCAACCUUUUCAUUGAUCGCAAAAGGCGCAAAAAAAAAAAAAAGAAAGUCUUGUACACUUUGAGAAUAAUUGUUUUUAUAUUUGACGAUAAGUUAAAUUUAUUAAUAUUGCCUAGUUUCUUUACGGGCAACCUUUUCAUUGAUCGCAAAAGGCGCAAAAAAAAAAAAAAGAAAGUCUUGUACACUUUGAGAAUAAUUGUUUUUAUAUUUGACGAGGCCCCCCCAAAAAAAACGAACCCCCCCCCCUCCUUUGUCUUAUAAGAUUUCGUAAUGAUCUUGUGUCAAUUUAACAGGCGUCUAAGUUAAUAAUUUAAAUAGAAAUAGCCCGCCAAACAAUGACGGCGUUAGAGCGUGAGCCUUCCAUCUCCUAAAGUUACACUUGACAAAACACGCAUUUCAAGUAAGGACACUUUUUAAGAGUACCAAUUAGUGCAAACUACUGGGAGUGUUGUUAAAUUUCAAUUAUUUACAUAUUUAAGAAUUUAUAUAAUAACACACAGCCCAUAGCAUAUUUAUUUCGCCUUAUUUAAAUUGAUUCGAUCUCCGCUUUUGAACACAUAUUUGUACGCGCUUUAGAUCAAUGUUCAGGAUUUUUUAAUUUUUUUUUUGUGUUGCGCUACUGAACAGAGCAUUACAGCCAUACAGCAAAUCUAAAUUGUUGUUACUUUUGCUCUGUUCCCCAGAAUGCAGGGCUACGGGGCAUUUGGUCUGCAGUUCCAGUCUCCACACCCUUUCUUUGGUCUCCCACCACCGACACACCCUCUUCAUCUGACGUCGCCAUUUUUCUUUGGACAAUACCCAGGUAGGACUGCACUGUCAUGCACUUAACACGUAUUGCUCGAUAUACUGCACCGUGAUUGGUUGCUGACGUGUUAGCGAUUAGCCCGUGUGCAGUAGCUCGUGCUGACCCACGCGAGCCACAGUGAAUUUCGUGAUUUGGGAAUCAUCUUUUUUUCCCCUUCUCUCCCUCUCUCUCUCCCUCUCUCUCUCCCCCUCUCUCCUCUCUCGUUAUUUGGAUGGAGCUGUUACCCCUCGUUAAAGGAUUUAAUUAUUCUGGGGUGAAGAAUGUGAGAUUACAUUUAUACAAAAAUAGAUCCCAAUUUAAAAAAAAAAAAAUAAUUCAUGUACUCGGAGAAUUGAGAAAUAUUAUUAUUUUUUUUUUUACCCCUCUCUCCUCUUUCGUUUUUUGGUUGGAGCUGUUACCCCCCGUUAAAGGAUUUAAUUAUUCUGGGGUGAAAAAUGUGAAAUUACAUUUAUACAAAAAUAGAUCCCAAUUUAAAAAAAAAAAAAUAAUUCAUGUACUCGGAGAAUUGAGAAAUAUUAUUAUUUUUUUUUUUUCGGUUCGUUUCGUUAAUAAUAUUCAAUAAGACUAACAAAGGCUAGAGUUAUAAUCUCGAUAUAACUAAUAUAAGCAUCAGAGACAUCAAAUCUAAUUUUAAUGCACAUUCUUUGGUUAAUACCUUUUCAUUAGCCUGAACUUAAUGGGCAUCCACGUAUUAAGGCAAAAUAAUUACUUUUUAAAUAUCGAAUUUUUUUUAGUUACAAACAAAUGUUUAAAAUAACUAAAUAAUAGUAUAAUUUAAAGGUGUCUCUUUCCUUUCGUAAAUUUUUAUGUGGGACACAUAGCCUUUCAUUUAUAACUUAUUUCUUGAAAAAAAUUGAUUUAUCUUCUGAAUUGAAAAUGACUUUAGUUGAACUGCCCCGAAUAUCUGCAGCGGUUACAUUAUGAUAAUUUUAAAAAAAAAUAUUUUUUUUUAAAUUUUUCUUGACAAAUAUGCUAGCCUUAUUUACAAAGGCAGGUCUUAAAAUAAAUAAAAUAAAUUGAUUUCCUAUAGAGCCGGUCUGCAAGGUGCUUUCGCUAUGCACACAUUCCCUGACUGUCCACCCUAACUCACUCCAGCGUUCAAGAUUGUUGUUAUAACGCCCACGACAUUCUAUUAAUAAUAUUCUUGCUUACUCCUAGAUGUUUGAUUUUUCUUAAUGUAUUUUUUUUUUUUUUUGCAAAUACCAUUGGUUAAAUUCUAGGUUAUAAUUAAAAUUAAUAUACACAAUACUAAAAGUAAAGAAAAUUUGCAAGUGUGCUUACGUUUCCCUUAAAUAUUUUUUCUAAAUUCAACUUGUCGGAGGAUACAAAAAUAUUUAAAGCUACUAAUUCAAUCAAUUAAAAAAAAAUGUAUAUCAUGACUGAAUAAAGUUAGGCCUUGAUCAUACUGCAGUCAUAAUCCAAUUAAAGUUUGUUAUCACGAUAUUGUUGACAGAUAACCAGGAUAAUCAAUUGGGCACAUGACAUGUAGAAAUAAAUAAUUUUUCUAUUUUAUCGUUAGCCGUAUCAUCGCGUGGAAGUUUAUCUUUACAAAAUGCACCCAUUAGAGGGCUUUUCAAUUAUAUGCAACAGAAAAAAAAUAAGAUUAGACAAAAAAAGAAAAGGCUUAACUACAGAGGUAUGAAAACACUGGGCAAACUCUUCAUGUAUUCCUUUCUAUGCAGACAUUCUGUUUGAUGCCCGGUAUGGCGCCCACCGGAAGCAGCGCCGCAGCCGAACUGCCUUCACCAACCAGCAGCUCGGGGCUCUGGAGAAGACCUUCUCCAAGACACACUACCCGGAUGUCGUGAUGAGGGAGAGGCUGGCCAUGAUCACAAACCUCCCCGAGGCAAGGAUACAGGUACGGCUCGGCUUCAAUAUAUAAACACAUUAAGUCUCCCAGUCAGCCCGAGAAGUCGGGAAAAAAAAAGGGGGGGGUGUUGUCAUGAACCUCGUUAAUAAAAGAAAAUUGUUCAGGCAAGGAUACAGGGACGGCUCGGCUUCAAAAUCUUAACAAAUUACGACUCCAAAGCAGGCCGAGAAGUGGGAAAAAAAAAAGGGGGGGGGGGUGUUGUCAUGAACCUCGUUAAUAAAAGAAAAUUGUUCAUGAUUUAAAUAUAUGAUUGCACAAAAAUGAAACUAUUUAAAAAUGAAAAUAAAAUGUUUUCGCGAAGUAAUCCGAUAACGAAGAGACUUUAGACUAACACAGCAACUGAAGUUACAUGAUUUCAUGACAUCAGAUCAACAUAGCGACUAAAGGUGCAUCAUCUCACGGCACAUCAUCUUAUCCAGCCUGUUGUUCUGUGUUUCAGGUCUGGUUCAAGAACCGGCGGGCCAAGUACAGGAAGAAACAGCGCGGGGUCAGACCGCCGACCCAGAACGGCGUGACGUCAGGCGCCUCAGCGGACGACAAACCGGAUGUCACGGCCGGCGAUGACGUCAGCAAGGACGACUCGUGCAAGGACAGCUCCUACUCUCACAGCGACGACGAGGUUGACGAGAGCGAGAACGCCGACGUCGACGACGAAUCUCCAGACGUUGAGGUGACCUCGGUGUGUGGUCAAGACGAGGUCGCCGGCAGAGACGAAGACGACGACGACAGACCUCCCCGGAGACCUAUCUCGGCCACUGGUAUGUCUUUGAAAUGACACGGUUGCUAACGACCGUUAGUUACAAGAGCUGUCACGGUUAGAGUUAAGAAGUUUACACAAAAAAAUCAACUUUUUUUUUUUUUUUAAAUCAGAGGAACAAGUUUAACCCUCAUAAACCCCCCCCCCCCCUUUUUGUUUCCCCCUUACACACACACACAAUUUAACUUUAAUACAAAUUAUAUUAAAAUAGCUGGCUAAAAUGUGAAAAGUUUUCUCCCUAUAGAACAUCCGAUGGAUGCCGACGAUCGAAUUUAUUUUUUUAAAUCAAUUUCUACAUUUACUUCACCUUAAUGGAAACAAAAAAAUAACUGCCAUUACCUGGAAUCAUGCUUAACGUAAUGUCUUAUAUUUAUCCCCACCAGACCUGAGGGUGCACGUUUCUGAAGGGGACAGCCCUAAAACUAGAGAUUCCCCUGGUUUGAAGACAUUCAGGCCUUUGUCACGGCAGGACAAAGAUGACGAAGGAAAAUCCAUCAUAACUUCUCAUUACACAGGUAAAAGAGGCCUUUAUUUUAUUUUUAAAGGAAAGUGUUAUUAAUCAUAUGAAAUAUAAAUCAAGAACGUUUAUGAUGCUACUACUUACCUGAACUCUGUCAAAUUUCUUCAUUGUUAAAAAGAAACUUUAAGACACACACAAACACACAAAAACAACAACAACAACAAAAACCAAAACCAAAACUUCUACGUAACUGAGUUCUUCCAAUUAGGCUCGCAUCUACUGUCUCAUUUCAAUGGAAUGCAUUAUAACACAAAGUUUAAUGUUCUAUUAAUGCAUUAUCCUUUAGUUGUUUUCUGAGGACAAUAGGAUUGUACCGAUAUUUUACCUCAGUAUUUUCACGAACGAUCGCCUCUACUUUCAGACCCCGACUACAGAUUCCAAGUCCCUGGAACGGCCGCCUACCACCCUUACCAUCUGUCUACCGGAUUGACCCAGCCCCUCGGUUUUAUCAACGUCGCACAAAAAGACAUUUCCGCUCCGGCCGCCUUGCACAAGCCGGCCGCCGGCGCCCCUGCCACCCACAACCUUCCGUUCUCCCUGUCACAGAGCCUCCCAUCGCACCUACCGACGCUGCCCCCGCCGGGUUUGUCCUCAUCUCACCUGACCCGGCCGACGUCGCUGUCGUCGUCGCUGCCGUUGGCCUCGUCGCCCACGGGUUCCUUGUUGACGUCACACAUCCCCAACUUCACGCCCUGGUCCUCUUACUACUCCGCCUCGCAGCUCCACGACAUUCUCAUGAGGUACCCGUUCCGGCACGAGGGACAACUCCGCCUGCCCACAACCGUGGCCAGCGGGAAAGACGCCAUGCUGACAUCUAGCAUCGAAAGUCUUCGUCUCCGUGCCAGACAUCACGCUGCGUGCAUGGGGAUUUUGGACGGCGUGUCUCGGACUUAAAUUCAUUCCAUGUUUCGUUUUACAAAUUAUAAACACUGAAAGGGAGAUCAAUCUCAUGGACUAACAAAAAUGCAUGUGGGUUCCGCAAUUGAAUCUGUGUGAGUUUUUAUUGACAUCAUCUUCUGUGUUAUUCGGUAAAUUAAAACUCUGAUUUAAAUGCUA